UUGAGUGACGCCGCCAGACACUAAAAUGGACAAGAGAGCUUUAGAGGAUAAACAGACAAAGUACAGUCUCUUUGCGUUCACUUCUCACAGAGUAGCUCAUAAAUGACCUGACGGGACAAUAACUUGUAGGAUUUAGUAGUAAUACAAAGUUUUUUUCUCCUCCUUCCUCUCUCAGUAGACUUUGUUGCUGUUGACUGGAAACAGCAAUAAAAUGCUGCCUUGGAAGAAGAAUAAGUUCGACCUGAUUGAGGAAGACAAGCAGUCCAAGCAGAAGGGCUAUGCUGUGAGUCUCAACUACUCUGCGCUCACCUCCUUCGCCAAGUCCUGCCCCGAGAGCGCACUCAACAGGGUGGGCAGCAUGUUCAAGUCAAAGAGGAAAAAGGUGAAGAUCACCAGCGAGGACCCCACUUAUACGGUGCUCUACCUAGGGAAUGCCACCACCAUACAGUCCAAAGGAGACGGCUGCACGGACGUGGCGGUGAGCAAGAUCUGGGGCAAAAGUGAAAUGGGCAAGAACGGCACCAAGAUGAGGCUGACCAUCAGCUCGCAGGGCAUCCGGAUGGUGCAUGUGGACGAAAAGGCCAGGAGGCCGGGACACUUGUACUUGCUGCACCGGAUAACCUACUGCGUCGCGGACCCGAGGCUACCCAAGAUUUUCGCCUGGAUUUACAGGCACGAAAUGAAGCACAAGGCCGUGAUGCUGCGCUGCCACGCAGUGCUGGUGUCAAAGCCGGAGAAGGCAAAGGCCAUGGCGCUGCUGCUGUACCAGACCUCGGCCACGGCCCUGGCCGAGUUCAAAAGACUAAAACGGAGGGACGACGCCAGGCACCAGCAGCAGCAGCUCAUAGGGGAACAGACAAUCCCGUUGGUCCCACUCAGGAAGCUGCUGAACGGACAGUGUUACUACAAACCCCCGGUGGAACGCAGCCGAAGCGCGCCCAAGCUGGGCUCCAUCACAGAGGACUUGGUCGGGGAGGAGGAGGAGGAGAAAUCCAUGCACUUUGAGUGUGAGGACAUUCUGGACACGGACGAUGAUUGUGUUGCCAACGGUAAACAGGAGUUGACUCAGAUUAUUAAUGACUUGGGAGAGAUGAGCAUAGGAAACGAUGUGCAGACACUGAAAGCAGAUCUCAGAGUCACCAGACUUCUGUCUGGAGAGAGCACGGGGAGCGAAUCCUCUAUAGAGAGCAACCAGGAGCCCCCUGCGCUCAUUAAUGGGUUCGAGGAGGUAAAGGUGCAGGAUAUUGCCUGAAUUAUUUUAGGUAUUUCUGGGCGCCUCUGACGCAUUGUUUUUGUUGAGCCACGAUGUCGCCACAAGAAAUAUUUCCUCUAACGACAACCUUGUGUUGGAGAGUGUUUAUCUAAUCUGUUCCCCCACGUGUUGUUGAGAGGAUCUAGAAAAGAUCAUCUAAGGUUUUGGGACAAUUACCGCACAUGGACACACAAGUAGGCUACUGAAUGAUACUUUAAGAUUGUGUAAACAGAGAAAAAAAGAAAAACAAGUGCAUGUCUAUUAGAGAGAUGACUGGGUGAACCGACAAAAUCCCAGUGCGCAUUAGGACGCACUGAACUAAUUCCAUCUCUUUUAUUUAAGAGGAUUUGUUGUUGCCUCAAGCUUGUUUACCUAAAGUUUUGUUCUCUUGAAAAUGCCAAUUUUUUGUUAAAAAAAAUCAAGUUCCAAAAAACAGUCAGUUUUUAAAGCAUGUUUUGUUUUUCUCCUACUUGGCUCAGUGGGUCUUAACAGGGAUCCUUAAUUUUUCUGUCAGGGGGAUUUAUAAUUAUUUUAUUUUGCACUGUUGUAGAAUUCAUUCAAGUAUUAUGUUGACUACAUGUACAUAAUGUUUGUUGGUAUGUUGUCUGAAACAUAAAUGCCAUAUCUUUGCUGUGCAAAAGGAAAAACACCUUUAUGUAUUAAGAUGUAAAGUAAGAUGUUUUAAGUAUAAAUAUGUUAUUUUUUAAAGAAUAAAAAUGUGGUUUGUUAUGUGAACCUCAUAGAAUUAUCAAUUAAAAAGAAAAUUAUAUAAAGUCA